AUGGCGUCUGGGGCGUGGAAGUCGUACGCGGACACGGUGCGCGCACGCACACAAAGUUUCUUUAGCAAGGCCGAUGCGCCGAAAGAGGCGCAUGUGCCGUCAACGGCGCGGGUGCCGGCCGACGCGACGCUCGUCGCGCCGAUCAGCGAGAGCGACGAUCCCCACCCCCCGUUUCCCGUCAUCCCCGAGGCCAAGCUCCAGCGGCUCUUUCCCUCGGCGGGGCACGACGGCUCGAGCCAGUACUCGUGCGUACGCUCGGCGCUGCGCGAGAUGGAGCUCGCCUACCGCAUGGACCCGUGCCUGGUCGGUGAAAAGAGCGGCACGGUGCGCGGUUACUGGGCGCUCGCCGAGCUCGUGCGCCGUGUUGCCGUCGAGCCCGACACGGCGCCGCCCAAGAUCGAGCAGGGCGACAUUCCGCUGGCCCUCUCUGCGACGCAGCAGCGCGCACCGUCGGCUACGCAGCGUGCGCGGCGCCCGUACGAGCCCCACGACGUCUACGCAGCGGUCGAGCGCAAAGAUAUCGACACGAUCAUGGCGAUCCGCGACAAGGACUUUGCGCUGCUGCUCGGCGGCGACGAGGCGCGCACGCCGCUCGAGUACGCCAUCUCGCUCGGGCCGGAGUACGACCGAGUGAGUCUGUUCCUGGCCGGCGCGCUCUCGCGCUUUGUGAACCAGCUCCCGGACCAGGUCGCGGACGCGGGCGAGGCGACGCUGAGCACGCUGCGCAAGGUACGCGCGAACCUCAAGCUCGCGAUCGACCACAGCCUCGACCGCGAGCAGACAGCACUCUUGGCAUCCUAUAUCCAGAUCCUCGUGAUGGCCGAAGGCGUGCGCUGGAUCGCGCAGUCGACCAAGGCCGUCGCGCACGAGCUGCGUGCGGCGGCGAGCAGCGACGCGUACGCGCCGCGGCCCACGCACGUCGCGCGCGAUAUCGUGAGCCAGUUCCUCACCGCGAAUUUGCGCAUGCGCCGCAAGCGCGACCAGUACGUCGUCGCGGCGAUCGAGGACUACAUUGCCAACGCCGCCUCGGACCUCGUGCUCCUCGCACUGUGGGAGCGCGUGCGGGGCAGCGACGCGCCGCUGCCGGAUUAUGCGUUUGCGCGCGACGACCGCAUCGCGACAGCCUACUGCGAGGCGAUCGCCGGGGCGCGGCACGGCGGCGCUCGGCAGCCCCAGCGCGUGUGGACGCUCGCGCAGCGCGCCGCCGACGCGCUCGACGAGGGCCUCCGGCGGCGCACGGCGCAUGAGCGCCUCGAGAUUCUCGCACGCAUCGUAGAUUCGUCUAUUUCCUAG